AUGUCCAAGGUGGCGUCAAUGUUUCACCCCAAGAGGCUUGACCUCUCUGGGUUCGUCAACACCCGUCUGAUCCGCGAUCACAACAAGCGCAAUGCCUUUGCGCAGAUGGAACCUGAACGACAAGCGCUCCGCUACAUCAUCCGCAACACCAGCCUUCCUCAACGUACACGCGCCCAAGCCCAGCUUCAGCUGUCCCAGAUGCACUGCUACACCCGCCCAACACAGAUCAAGAACCGCUGUGUGGCCUCGGGUACUGCCCGUAGUGUGUUCCGGAAUUUCAGACUCAACCGAUUCCAAUUCCGUAUGCAAGCUCUCGCUGGUGAGCUUCCUGGUGUCAAGAAGGCAAGCUGGUAG